AUGGAGAAUGUGCCUUCCACAUCACAGGAGUGCCCCACAACAGGUCCCAUCUACAAUCUUAGACCUUUUACUCGAAAGGGCCCAAGGCAGAAGAGGUUUCCAGCACAGCUAAGCAGGUCACAUUCUGUGGCUCAGUCUUUCACCAAAGAAGUGAUUCUCUUGCCAGACCAUCUAACUACACAUGUGCCAAGGCGUAACAAAAAAGCUUGGCUUUUUGAAAAUGGACAUAUAAAAUCUGCACUGGAGUUUAGCUGUGACUGGGACUCAGACAAAGUAAUGCAGGCAAUAAGGACUGCCUUCCAGCCAGUUCUUGAAGGAUGCAGGCUACAGAUUUUGCUGGCAUGCCACACCAAACUAGUUGAGCCAUCACUCACUUCCAAACAGACUUUGAAUGGAGACCUUGUGAAAAAACUGUUUCAUCAGAAGUCAAUUUAUGUCAGACCUGACAAGGUCAUCUUAUGUGAGGACAAUGAAUCAACAUAUUCUGAUGGCGAGAGUAGCCAUACAAGCAGGCAGGAUUUCACAGAAACGUUGAAUUCUGACAAAUGCGUUGAAAUUUCUAAAGAAGUUCCCUCAGCCAUUCCCAUUGUUAACGCACAGUCCAUGUCUGUUGAUGAUGAGGUCAUCUGGUGCGUUGCAACCCAAGAUGUUUGUACUGUUGAGUCUUCCAUCUCUGCUGACACCCUCACAAUGUCCACCAAUCCUGCUGUCGUUGCUACUGAUGAGGAUGAGCCUUACUCCAGUGGAACAUCUGCCUUUGUCAGUUACAACACACCUGGCUUAUCAGCGGGUUCUUCUGCCAGUGUUACUGGUGACACACGUGUCUUCUCUAGUAACACCUCCAGUGUGUCCAAUGGACCUACCCAGCCAAGUUUAUCCAGCACAUCCUACAGGCACUCGCCUAUUCUUGUGCCUAUGUGUGCCCUAGUCAAAGGAGCUUGCAAAGAAAAGCCUCUGGACUUCUUCUUUGAAGCGCCUUGA